AUGGCAUGCGCGCUGUGGAAGUUACCGACCUUCUGCUGGUUUAUCCUCACCUUAGCUCAAGUCCACUCAGCAGAGGGGUUCAGUCGUGCCGCCUUGCCGUUUGGGCUGGUGAGGAGGGAGCUGUCAUGCGAGGGCUACCCCAUUGACUUACGGUGUCCAGGAAGUGAUGUCAUCAUGAUCGAAAGUGCCAACUACGGUCGCACGGAUGACAAAAUCUGUGACGCUGACCCGUUCCAGAUGGAGAACAUCAACUGCUAUCUCCCAGACGCCUACAAGAUCAUGUCACAAAGAUGUAACAAUCGAACCCAGUGCAUUGUAAUCACAGGGUCAGAUGUCUUUCCUGACCCUUGUCCAGGAACCUACAAGUACCUGGAGGUCCAGUAUGAGUGUGUCCCUUACAUUUUUCUUUGUCCUGGGACUCUGAAAGCUGUUGGUGAACCUUCAUUUCUGUUCGAAGCGGAGCAACAAGCCGGCGCCUGGUGCAAAGACCCACUACAAGCCGGCGAUAAAAUCUACUUCAUGCCUUGGACUCCAUAUAGGACAGACACACUAAUAGAGUAUUCCUCGUUGGAUGAUUUCCAAAAUGCGAGGCAAACUAUUACAUACAAACUGCCCCACCGAGUAGACGGAACAGGAUUUGUUGUCUACGAUGGCGCAGUGUUUUUCAAUAAGGAACGUACCCGCAACAUUGUAAAGUUUGACCUGCGGACUCGAAUCAAAAGCGGAGAAGCCAUCAUCAACAAUGCCAACUACCAUGACACGUCGCCAUACAAAUGGGGAGGCAAGACGGACAUCGAUUUGGCUGUGGAUGAGAAUGGCCUUUGGGUCAUUUAUGCCACGGAGCAAAACAACGGAAUGAUGGUGAUAAGUCAGUUGAACCCUUACACGCUGCGCUUUGAGGCGACAUGGGACACGGCCUACGACAAACGGUCAGCUUCCAACGCGUUCAUGAUCUGUGGAGUACUCUACGUAGUCCGGUCGACCUACGAAGACAACGAGAGCGAAGUCAGCAAAAGUCUGAUUGAUUAUGUUUACAACACCAAGCAGAACCACGGGGAAUAUGUGGACAUCCACUUUCCCAACCAGUAUCAGUACAUUGCUGCUGUGGAUUACAAUCCCAGAGAUAACCAGCUCUAUGUAUGGAAUAAUUUUUACGUCGUGAGAUACAAUCUGGAGUUUGGCCCACCUGAUCCAGCUCAUGCAGCUCCCACAAUGUCAGAAACGGUCACGUCACCGGUGCCCCUGAGAACCACCACCAGCACCACAACAAGCACCGCGCACAGGGCAUUGGGCAACACCACCGUCACCGUCCUCAAGGGGGGCAACCGAGGAGCGGCCAAACAGCCCCCUCAAACCACCACCCCACCCACCACCCAGUCCUUACCUUUACCCAUGCGUUUCUGCGAGGCGACCGAGAGGCGGGAGAUAGUGUGGCCCCAGACCCAGCGGGGGAUGCUGGUGGAGCGGCCGUGCCCCAAAGGAACCAGAGGCACUGCGUCUUAUUUAUGUGUCCUCUCCACUGGGGCCUGGCACCCAAGGGGCCCUGAUCUCAGCAACUGCACCUCCCACUGGGUCAACCAAAUCGCCCAGAAGAUCCGGACCGGAGAGAACGCAGCAAACUUGGCCAACGAGCUCGCCAAGCACACCAAAGGGCCCAUCUACGCGGGCGACGUCAGCUCCUCGGUGCGUCUGAUGGAACAGCUGGUGGACAUCCUGGACGCCCAGCUGCAAGAACUCCGGCCAAGUGAGAAGGAUUCAGCGGGAAGGAGUUUCAACAAGCUUCAAAAGCGUGAAAGGACAUGCAGGGCGUACAUGAAGGCCAUAGUGGACACGGUGGACAACCUCCUCCGACCGGAAGCGCUGAAGUCCUGGCACGACAUGAACAGCACGGAGCAGACCCACGCCGCCACCAUGCUCCUGGACACGCUGGAGGAGGGGGCCUUUGUCCUCGCCGAUAACCUCAUGGAACCGGCCAUAGUCAAAGUGCCAGCGGACAACAUCAUCCUAGACGUGUACGUUCUCAGCACCGACGGCCAAGUCCAGGAUUUUAAGUUCCCACAGUCAAGUAAAGGGGGAAUCUCCAUCCAGCUUUCAGCCAACACAGUCAAACUCAACAGUCGCAAUGGAGUCGCCAAGCUCGUGUUCGUCCUGUAUAGAAACCUGGGCCAGUUCCUCAGCACUGAAAACGCCACCAUCAAAAUGGCCAACGAGGUUUAUGGUCGCAACGUGUCAGUGGCUGUCAACUCAGACAUCAUCGCCGCUUCAAUCAACAAGGAGUCCAGCCGCGUGUUCAUUAACGACCCCGUGGUGUUCACCCUGGAGCACAUUGACAUGGAGCACUACUUCAACUCCAAUUGCUCGUUUUGGAACUACUCGGAGCGGAGCAUGAUGGGAUACUGGUCAACUCAGGGCUGCAAACUGGUGGAUUCUAAUAAAACGCACACCACCUGCUCCUGUAGCCACCUCACCAACUUUGCAAUACUGAUGGCUCACCGACAACUGGCCGUGAAUGGGCAGGUUCACGAGCUGCUGCUGACCGUCAUCACCCGGGUGGGCAUGGUGGUCUCGCUGGUCUGUCUCAGCAUCAGCAUCUUCACCUUCUGCUUCUUCAGGGGUCUGCAGAGCGACCGCAACACCAUCCACAAGAACUUGUGCAUUAACCUCUUCAUCGCAGAGCUCAUCUUCCUCAUAGGCAUCGACAUGACGGAGCCCCGGAUCGGAUGUGCCAUCAUCGCGGGGAUUCUCCACUUCUUCUUCUUGGCUUCGUUCACCUGGAUGUGUCUGGAAGGGGUCCAGCUGUACCUCAUGCUCGUGGAGGUCUUUGAAAGUGAAUACUCUCGGAAAAAGUACUAUUACGUGUCAGGCUACCUCUUCCCUGCGAUCGUGGUCGGCGUGUCUGCUGCUAUCGACUACAGGAGCUAUGGGACCAGCAAAGCUUGCUGGCUAAGUGUGGAUAAUCAUUUCAUAUGGAGUUUCAUCGGACCUGUCACCUUUAUCAUCAUGCUAAACCUCAUCUUCCUGGUGAUCACAAUGUACAAAAUGGUGAAGCACUCCACCAGCCUGAAGCCAGAUUCAAGUCGGCUGGAGAAUAUAAAUACUUAUCGCGUGUGUGAUGGCUACUAUAAUACAGAUUUACCUGGCUAUGAAGAUAAUAAACACUUCAUCAAGUCUUGGGUGAUGGGGGCCUUCGCUCUGCUGUGUCUGCUCGGCCUGACGUGGUCUUUCGGCCUUUUCUUCAUCAACGAGGCGUCCAUCGUCAUGGCUUAUCUCUUCACCAUCUUUAACACUUUCCAAGGAAUGUUCAUUUUCAUCUUCCACUGUCUCCUGCAGAAAAAGGUCCGCAAAGAGUACAGCAAGUGCUUCCGCCACACGUACUGCUGCGGAGGGCUACCCACAGAGAACUCUCACAGCUCAGCCAAAACGUCCACCACCAGAACCAGUGCCAGAUACUCCUCUGGGACUCAGAGUCGAAUCAGGAGAAUGUGGAAUGACACCGUAAGAAAGCAAUCGGAGUCCUCUUUUAUCUCAGGUGACAUCAACAGCACCUCCACCCUCAACCAAGGAAUGACUGGAAAUUAUCUACUAACAAACCCUCUACUGCGACCUCAAGGCACUAACAACCCCUACAACACGUUACUGGCCGAGACAGUCGUGUGUAACACCCCCACGGCUCCAGUCUUUAACUCGCCAGUGACCUACAGAGAGACAAGGCACUCACUGAACAACGUGGUGAGGGAUACAAGUGCAAUGGAUACACUACCGCUAAAUGGUAACUUUAACAAUAGCUACUCGCUACGCAACGGCGACUUUGGCGACAGUGUGCAGGUAGUAGACUGCGGCCUGAGUCUGGACGAUGCUGCCUUUGAGAAAAUGAUCAUCUCUGAAUUAGUACACAACAACCUGCGUGCCUGUAACAAGAGCCACCCGCCCCCACCACCACCGCCGCAGCAGCAGCACCUGAGUUUACAGCAGCCGCCGCGGCCUCGCGCGCCCCCGCAGUACCACCACCGGCACCACACGGAGCGGGCUCCGCCGAGGGUGACGGUGGUGGGCGGCAGCAGCAGCGAGGACGACGCCAUCGUGGCCGACGCUACGUCCCUGGUACACGAGCCGGUUGGCCUGGAGCUGGAGGCGCCACUCAUUCCUCAGAGAACUCACUCUCUCCUGUACGCGCCCCAGAGGAAGGGCCGGCCCGAGGGAGACGAGGACACCUACACCACCCAGCUCACCACCACCACCACCACUGAGGACAGCCCCCAGUCCCCCAACAGAGACUCACUGUACACGAGCAUGCCCAACCUGAGGGACUCUCCUUUCCCAGAGAGCAGCCCUGAUGUGGUGGACGAGCUGUCCCCAACCAAGAAGAGUGAGGCUGAGGACACGUUCUACAAGAGCAUGCCAAACCUGGGCUCCACCAACCAGCUCCAGGCCUACUACCAGAUAGGCCGGGGGAGCAGUGAUGGCUACAUAAUCCCCAUCAACCAAGAGGACUGUAUCCCUGAAGGUGACCAUCAGGCACUGGGCUUCUGUCAAAUGUUGAGGCAGAAAUGGGCCAAGAGCCGAGAGGCCACAAGCUCCUCUGGUCCCACCGAGGCGUGCAUCAUCGCUCUGCACAGCACAACUAAAGGAUCCUGUCAGCAGAAUGGAGGGAGGCCCGUGCACCAGGACCUUGUCAUGCUAAUCCCGGCCAAGUGGUCCCACUGGGUCCUGCAAGCUAUAAGCCCCUCGUAUUUGUAUUCAUACGGCAGGCUGUGUCUUUAUGUGGUCAGUCUGGGCCAAGAGCGGUGGACUGGCUGGAUCACCAGUGCACUGGGGCUAGAGCCUAGAGCCAUGCACCCUGCAUUAAAUUCCUGUUGUCUGGAGUUCAGAGUGUUUGUCACCCGCCGCAACUCACAUCACUGCCUUCCACUCCCCGGCUGCUCAGGGGAUUUGGUGCUAGCUUGA